AGGCUUACUCCGAUUUUGAUUUUUUCCUUGCAAAGCACGGACAUAGGCGGUGGCGAGACAUGGGCGGACAUGGGCGGUUCCUCUCUCUCCCGCGUCACUGCCGCGUGCCUUGUCGUUCCUAACACUAUUUUUCCUGCUUAUUCGGAUGUUGACGAGUUUCUUGUCCACCUCACCCGCCCCCUCCGAGGCAGCGGGGAGGGAUGCUGUGGGAUCCCGAGGACGCGGCAGAAUGUGGGAUGCGCGUGUGCCAGCUGAGGCGCUCCCGCCUGGCGUCGCCAGGGGGCGGCAGCGCCGCAGGACAUCCGCUGCUCCCCUCGGCCCCCCAGAUCGCCCCGCGCAGCACCGGCCGGUCCCGAGGGAUUGCCGCCCCGGGCCUGGCACCGCCGCGCGCACCCACCGGCGGCGAGGAGUGAGUCUCACUGAGUGGAGACGGGUCUGCUACCCGCUCCCUCUCUGUCCGUCUUACCGUCUGUCUUUCCGUUCCGGGGAGAGUACACCACUCUACCUCCACAGUUCUUUGGGAAAAUCAUCCCCUUUAAUCAUGGCUGGAAGAAAAGAAAAGAAAAGAAAAGAAAAGAAAAGAAAAGAAAAGAAAAGAAAAGAAAAGAAAAGAAAAGAAAAGAAAAGAAAAGAAAAGAAAAGAAAAGAAAAGAAAAGAAAAGAAAAGAAAAGAAUAGAGGGAAGAAGGCUUGGAAUGAUGCCAUCCUGACAUGCAAAUCGCGCACAAGUCGUGAUGGAUGUGGCAGUCACAACCGUGGGGAGGGGCCUUGGCCUUGGGAAUCUUUGUAUGCCACCAGAGGCUCAACUCAACCCCUACAUGUGGGGUAAAAUCAUUCCCUGAUAAAGGCGAAGAUAUUUCCUCAAGGGCUGCUUCAAAGAUUGCUGAUAUACUUGGCCUAGUACUAAAGACAGAGCAUGGCCAGUGACUUAUCUUCCUGAGGAGAAUGGCUGAGAUGUCUUUGAAAUUACUCCUGGAAUUAAACUAGCAUGAGAUCUCCUCUAACAAACGGAGGUAAUUCUGUUGAAAGGCAAGAAAACUGAAGCAAUAUAUGUCCAACUGUCUGUGCAUUGACAAUGUCAACUGCAGAAAAGGUUCCCCAUGCCUAAGGCCAAAGGAAACAGUCAGAAUGGGUAAACCUGAGGACAUCAGUCUCUUCUGAGGGAUAGGUGGUUAGUGAAGCCAAAAGCUUCUCUAGGUAAUUUCUAGGUGCAGGUUUUAUUAACAAUGAUAGCCCAGACUUUUGCCACAACAAAGCAACUUCUUGGAGGUUAAUUAACUAGUUAUUUACCUAACAAUACUCAACAUAAUGGCAAAACCAGGAGAGGUGUUGCUUUUGGUUAGUUUGUAGAGCCUUUAAAAUCUCAGAGAUUCCACUAUGAAAAAAUCAGACAAUUUAAAAUGAUAGUGUGGGCAGUAAAAUUAUGUAGUGUAUUACUACUAAGCCUUCUGCUAGAAAAUUCACAAAUUCUGCUUUAACUAUUCACCAGAACAGGUUUUGGUUACAAUGCUUUUCUAUCAGGGUGGACCUGACAUAAAAUGAAGUCAAAAUCAGCCACAUUAGGAUUACACACAUAAAUAAGACAAGUAGAAUUCGCCAAGUGAUAUUCACAAGCAUAAAUUUUCUUACUCUGGAAUGAUUUUUUGAAAUUUUUUCCUUAAAUUAGCCCUGGUAUGAAGUAUAUCUGUCUCAUUCUGUGUGAUCAAGGUUACAUAAAUUAUGUAUGGCAUUUUCAUUAUGGAUAGUAGUCUGGCCUUAGAAAGAUAUAAACUAUUAUGAAAUAUCUUCGACUAAUUGUUUCUCUCUUGUGAGUAUUUAAAAAAUUGUUUGUGUUUAAAAGAGUACAUGAUAAACUGUUCGUUAAGAUGUCUGUAGUGUAAAAUAAAAUACUGCCUCUCCUAAUAAUUUCGUCAAAACAAAAUUGGUACCAUUUUAAUUAUGUUUAAUUAUUGUUUAAUUAUGUUAUAGGUACAUUGUGCUUCUGCCACCUUUGCUGAGAGAAGGAAUAACUUGCCAACAAUGCUGUUGGCAUUAUGCAACCUGAAAAACCUGCACCCCCCCAAAAAAGCAGGGUGCUCAGAUUACUAUCAGAACACAAAUGAAAAUGCUAAACCCAUUGCAAACAAUAUGCUUCAUCUUCAGAAGUUCCAUUUACUCCAAAAGUGUGACCUGAUUUCCGUGGGAAGUCUAUAAACAGAGGAAUGAAAAUCUAGGUUCUUAAAAACAAAAUCCUCAUUCCAAAAAUAUGUAGGACAAAGGACCAAACUGAUAUUAAGAAAAAGUGUGAACAAAAAUGUGUAUAUAUAUAUAUAUAUAUAUAUAUAUAUAUAUAUAUAUAUACACAUAUAUAUAUAUACAUACAUACAGUUCUCUUUAAAAGGAAGUAUGCACAAAAUUGUGUAUUUAUUCAGAUUGGUAUAUAUGCAGAUGUUCCUGCAAUUUCUAGUGGUCUCUAAUUCUAGAAGAAUGAAAUGCUUAUGCUGUUGAAGGUCUUUAUUAAAACGUACAUUAUUCUAUAAUACAAGUACCAUCUAAUUUAAGAAAUAUUUUAUUAAUAUGGAGUUCAACAAAAUGCUUAAUGUCUUCAGGAUUUUUAGUGCUACCUCAUAUCUGGGAAACCAUUCAUAAGAUCUCAGACUGAGUGUGCUGUUGUUGCUCUCCUCAGUCUUAUUUUAGAUAUAUGUAACUUAGGUGCUGGUCUUCCCUAGUAAAAAGGGGCUAAAGACAACAGAAAAGACAGCUUAUCUAGAAGAAGGUGAAAACCAUAAAAAUUAAGACUCUUGGAAAGUAGAAAAUGCCUUAAUUCAAGGUAUUCUUUAUAAUUAAUUUAAGAACCUGUUUUAAGUUGAACACAGGAAAACAAAUUACCUUGCCAUUCUAUGCAACUGUUUCUUCAGGAAAGCUUUGAGAUUUCAUCUAAAUUCCAGGGUAGGUUCAUCCCAGUUUUUAAGGAUACAGAAAGACUCAUCAAGCUAGCCAAUAGCAUCAAGGUGCCUUCCCCCUGGAAAAGGGUUUAGAUAGGAUGAAUUUUAUGUUCAGCUCAGCUGACUUGGAUCAGUAAGGUGGGUGUAGUUGAUGUGGUGUUUGUUCAUAUGUCAUAUUCUGAAAAAAUUUAUAGUUUUUGUAUAAGAGAAACAGGGCUUUUUACAUUUUAGAAAUCAUAAAACUUGUACAGUGGAAGCAUAAGCUGUUCUACUUCUUUGUCUCUAUGGCCUGAUGAAUCUUGAAUUAAUGAGAUUCAUGAAUGAGGCAAUCAUGAAUGAGGCAAAUCAACUUUGCAAGUUGAGCAAGACUGAGUGUCCUCAUCUAGAAACUGCCCAUUCCUGGUGAAGGGGAAUAGUUCUGACUUUCUCUCUAGAGAUAGGAAAUAGAAGCAGCCAAUAAUAAGGACAGGCAGAAGGAUUUAGGUAGAAUUUAGGCUGCCUGCAUCCAGGCCAGCUUAAUUUAUGUAACUCCUUCGUUUUGACAUCUCCACUAGCUCUACAUCUGAUAAGCCAGAGCCUGGUGAUGAAUUUGAUAUGUUUGGAGAGUUGAACAAGCUCCCAAUAAGGUGUCUUUUUUUUUUUUUUCCUGAAAAGUAAGGGUCCUUUGAAAAGCAAAUCUCUGUCAACAUUAUCUUCCGCUCUCCUACCAUAACCACUACUAUGACCCAUCACUUGAUUUUAUGCUUUGAGGUUUUUUGGUUUUGGGGGAUUUUUGAGUGGAGGAGAGGGGAGGCUUUUGUUGUUGUUGUUGUUUUUAUUUUCUUUUUUUUUUUUUUUUGUUUGUUUUGUUUUGUUUUUAUUAAACUGUGUGAUAAAAUGGGCUCUCCUGCUCACAAAGGGCAAUAUUUCACUAACCGGGAUAAAGCUAGUGGCAAAAUAAAUGUCAGCAGCAAACCCAAACACCUCUUUACCUACUGUUUCAUAUAAUAAAUGUUUUAAUUAACUGAUCAGCACAAAAAGACCCUGUUCUUCCAGGGUCUACAUGUUUGUUGUUUUGUCACCAUUUUACAGAAAAAGUGUGUCAGGCAGUGAACCAUAUAUGGCAAAAAUAAAAAGAUAAGCCCCUCUUGCAUCAGAAUCUUGGAAAACUGUCAGUUUUUAAGUUCAGUCUUAAAAUUUCCCUAGAAGAGAAUUGUGCUGCUGAGUUUUUGAAAGUUUAGCAGUGUAAGAAUUAAAGCUUCCUUUGAAGCCAUUAUGAUACUUUCACAUAAUGUUUUUCUUAGUUAUUCAAUCAGCAGAAGUUGAUGGUAGGACCUUUAGAGCUGUAGCAUAGGCUGCAUUCAUUUGAGUCAACUUUGGUCAGACACUUUCCUGUACAUGGGCAGAGCUUGGAGACAUACCAUGUAUAUUUUACCUCCAAGCUAUGCAUGAGUGGAAUUUAGGCUAGCUGGGCUGCUGGGCUCUGCAUCUGGAGCUGGAGUGGGCUUGGUAGCCCUGUACAAGAUUCUACAAGAAUUGUAAUCCUAUGGACAUUUUAUUUGCAAAGUAGGUUUUCGUGGGCUAUCUGUGAAGGGAAAAAUCAUACUGCGAAACAAAGCUUUAUAUAAACAGAGCGGAAUUCUUCUGAGCACAAUGGGGACAUGUCUCAGUUUAGAGACAAGUUUAGGAGAAAACCCUCUAUGGAAUGAGUGUUUCCUCUAGAUGGAUUCCAACAACCCCUUUCAACUAACAGGAAAUGAGUAUUAGUGAAUGAAUGUGGAAAAAAAAACCCCAAAACCAACUAUUUACUGAAAAACAGAGUGCCCACAUAGCACAGGGAAAAGGUAAUGAAAUGCUAGCUACUGAAAUGUCAGAACUAAACCCUGCCACCCUCCCCCCCUACCCCGCAACAAAACCCAAAAAUGUCAGGGAAAGAAAAAAGCAACAGCAGCUUGCAACAUGGUGGGUAGAAAAUGGCACGGGCAUUCAGGAAAAAAAGCCAAACACAAAACAAAUAUGAGAUUCAAGUAACAGUUCAGGCAAACAGAUGUGAACCUGGUAACUCUGGUGCCAGUCCCCUCUUCACAGCAGAUGAAGAAGGUGGGCUUGGUGUGCUUUCUCUCAGUGGCUGGGCUUUUUCUGAAGUUUGGAGCCAAAAAAGAGUGGCCCCUUUCCUUUCCUGCCAGUUCCGAUUGAACCCUGCUCCUGCCAGUAACCCUCUCUAAUCUUAGACCAGUUCACUUUGAAAAAUAUGCCAAAGGAUUGAUGCUGCAGCCUCUCCAAGGACAGGGAAGGAUAAGAAAGCUCCUUACCUGGACUAACAAAAAAGCCAAGCUGGACAAGUAAAAAAAACCCAGAUUGCAUGGCACCCUGGAUGCCAUGGGAAUGAGACUUUGAAAAAAAAAAAGAUAUGCCAGAAAGCCCAAGGCUUCCCACUCUCCCAGCCCCACCCUAGAGAUACAACAACCUGUACUGGGCAUAAAGCAGAGGAUUAGGGAAUAGAGUAUCAUCAUAAAUUCAUCCUAAGACAGAAAGAAAGUAAAACAGUCCUUUUGUUCCUUAAAUCAUAUCUGAGUGUAUUUUCCUUCCAUAAAUGAACUUUUUAAAGCUUGUGGUGCUUUGGGUUUUUUUGCCCUAGAUGCUACACAUAAAUCCCUUUGCAACAGUGGGAGUGCUAUAGACAUAUGCAAAUAUAUGCAUGCAUGUAUGUAUUUAAAUAAAAGUAGGAGACAGAACAUGGCACUUUUUUAAAGGCAUAGGGCAAGAAGAAUACCCUUGGAAAACUGGAAGAAUGCAAGGUUGGUUCUUAUUUUCAGUGAUGCUCUUUUCAGUUUUAGCUCAUUCUCUAGAGUAAAAUAUUUUUAUUAAAUACAGUUUUUUCAUUGCUUAUAUAUUCUCUUCAAGAUAUGGUACAGAGCUAAAGCUGUGAGAAAAUCAUUGAUGGUUGUUUAAUUUGGAUUAAUUCCAAAUCCACUGACUAUCAUUGCACCACAGUUUUUUGUUUACAGCUCAGCCACUAUCAAUCUGGACUUCUGAAAAAUCAGCACUAAAGUGUCAAAGGCCCUGUUUUAAUACAGGCCAAUAUUAGACUGCAGUUUAUGCAUCAGCAUAGGGGAAGAGCAGGUAAACAGACACAUUUUAAAAUUUAAAAUGUCUUCUCUGACUUCUAGAAAAAUCUUAGCAUCUACUUGUUUGAAAAUAAUAUUUUUUUUUCUAUUUUUCUUUUUGGUAAAAAGUAGAUUAGGAAAUUUUUAAACAUAAGAGAGAAAAUGCAUGUAUUUGAUUACAACAUCAACAUGUGAAAAUAUGUGGAUCUAGCUGAAUGUUUGUACUUAUAUAAGGUAAAAUCAGAUUUUGACAUCUGAAACUGAAACAAUACUUCCACUCACCAUCUCCAGCAAUAUAAGGUAGGAUAAAAGCAACUGCAGUGGAUGAGCCAUACAAAACUAACAGCAACUACCUCAGAGCAAGUGAGCCAGUCUGAGUACACAAUCUACCUGAAUAAGGCAAAACCACCCCUAAAAACAUUUAUUUCCCUGUUUGAAAUCAAUUUAAAGCUUCAGAGAUGACUUUGAAUGCCUAUAGCUAUUGCCUUCCUUCUGCAUUAGAGGCUGGGGAACACCUCACAUCAAUGUCAAGAAAUGUUUUUUCAUAUCUUUGAGUGAUUUGUCUCUGUAGUUGUCUCUGCUCUUCUCUGUAUGAAUAGUCUUAGAAAGUAGUUUAUUGGAGUAAACAAUCACUAACAGAAAAUUUUAAUCUCGUGAUGUGGAAAUUAUCAUUCACAGCCAUGAGUGUUAAAAGUCUCAUUCCAAAAUAUUAUUAGCCCGCAGGAGAAAAUCUUAUGUUACUUAUAUAACCAAAUAGGGAUAUUGAUUUAGAAAUAAUUAUUUUAGAUAAAAAGUUAUUUAUUAAAUAACAAAAUAUAUAAAAUAUGUCUUUGACAUAAAUAUAUCACGGAUAAUGGAAGAUAAUCUGCAAAGAUAUUUGGUGUGAUGCUUAACCAUAGCAAAAUAGAGUUGAUUUGGGGAAAUUUGUUUAAUUUAUUACCAAUCCAGUCAGAGUACAACAAGGAGAAAAAAACCCAACAAAUCUUAAAACAUCUUCCCUCCAAUCUUCCUCUCUUGCUACCAUAUAGCUCAUAUAUUCCUGCACCUGACAGUCUUCAAGUAAACUCUUCAGAACUUCAUGCUUAUGAAGGCAAUUGCUUCCCUGUCUUGUGGGCUUGUCCUGGAUGGGUAUGGAAAGGCAAGGUAUUAACAGGUUACUUUUAGGUCCGAUUUCCUCAUCUCUAGUUUAUUUUCAAAAUUGCCAGCUGGGAUGUGAUGACUCAUAACUGUAGUGGUGCAUCAUUUUUUUUUUUGCUUUUGUAUAAUGUUGUAUGCAAUAAGGUUCCACUCAGGUCUCCUCCCUUUUCUCUCUGUCUCCAGUAGCUCUUGUUCGCCCUGCCAUUCACCCUGCUCCCCUCCUAUUCCCCUCCCAGUUUGACAAAUGUUACAUUGUUCACCCUGCCCUGAGCCCCUGUCCGUCACAGGGAACCUCCCUCCCUUUUCCAGAUAGUUCUACCAAAGGUAACCUGUGAUUGGCUCAAGGGCCAGGGCCCCUCCCCAGUUGCCUCCUGUUUGGAUCCCCGAAGUUGUCAUUCAUGUUGCUCCUCCCAGGUUCUUGUGUACUAUUGGUUAACUGUUUUCGUAUUUGAACUACUGUCGUCUCUGGGUUAUUCGGAGUCCGACAGACCUCCUUCAAUAAACCCGACCCUUGUUACCCCGUCUCUUGGCCUCCCUCCUUUUUUCGCCUCCAACGGGUUGCAGCUGUUUUCUACCAACUGUUCCUGUCGAUCCUCUUCCCAAAGGCGAAAGCCUUAGGCGCUCUCCUUCAGAGGACGCCCCUUUGGGAGAGUGCCCCGGUGCUGCCGGCGGUGCUGGCCGUGCUAGCGUGGGCAAACCAACGAAUUUGAGGAAGCCAGGCAUCGCCGCUGCACAUAACCAUGUUUUCUUCCACAGCUGAUUUCUGUCAGCUUCAUAAGUAUCUAAUGGAUGAAAAGGAUCCUGUUGACAUUGCUCCCAGGAGUUUAGAUUUCUUAUACUUGCAGAUUUGUCAUCCUGGACAGUGUAUUUGUGUGAAAUGACACCAUGGCAAAAGACUGUGUAAAUUAAAUAUUUCACUAUGGAGUAUGAGUUGACUUUUGACUCUCAAUAAAACCCACUUCUGCAUGAUCUGUCCAUAA